AAGAAUUUAAUACCUCCAGCAGGCAAAUCUACGCUCUGUGAUAGAUGUCUACAACAUGGAAGUGAAGGAAUGUUCUGUACGUUAAGUAAGAAUAUGAAGUGCUGAGCUGUAUAUCAGGCUUCCCAGUUCCUGUUUCAUAACUUUAGGGACUGUUAAACAUUAACUCGUGCAGUGUCCUGCCCACUCUGAAAGGAAAGGUUGUCCCAGGUGAGUGAUUUCACUAAGCUCCUUCGCAGCAAAGAGGAUCUCACCUGGUUGAUGCUGAAUAUUCAGGAUCAGUGAUUAGCCGGACCAGAAUCACCGUCUGUAGUAACCAAAGCAACCACAUGAACUGAGCUGAAAAGAAAAUUCUUGCAAUAUAUUUUCAAAAAUCAAAACCAAAGACAACAACAACAGCCACAUCAGGUUCCCAGCAGUUGGUUUCCAGUUGAAUUAGUCUCUGGUGUCUCCAGCAGAGGGACAUCAUGGCGGCUGCAGCAACAGCAUCUGGAUUCAGGAUUGUUCUGCUGGGAAGAAGUGAGGACAAACGGACAAAACUUGGUAACUUAAUCAUCAGGGACCAAGGUUUUCAUUACCAAAAAAACAGGCAAUGUGUGGCCACCUGUGGAGAGUGGAGAGGAGAACCAUUAACAGUAGUGAAAACUCCAGACAUGUUCAGUCUGUCUGAGGAGAUGCUGAGAAGAAAGGUGAAGAGCUGUGUGACUCUUUGUCGUCCUGGACCAAAUGUUCUGCUGCUGUUAGUGAGGCCUUCAAAGUUCACAGAGAAGAACAGACAAACACUGAAGUUCAUCCUGAGUUUGUUUGGUCAAGAUGCUUUUAAACACUCAGUGGUCAUCAGCACACAUGAUGGAACGAGUGUCUCUGUGAAUCAGCUGCUUAAAGACUGUGGAGGAAGACACUACAGGAUGUUGAAAGAUGACCGCAGACUGUUAAUGCAGACAAUUAAGAACAUUGUGCAUGAAAACAAAGGAACCUUCCUCACCUUCACUGAAGAGACCAUCAGACCAAAGUCUGAACACAUCAAACCAGCUUUAAACCUGGUUCUGUGUGGGAGGAGAGGAGCAGGGAAGACUUCAGCAGCCGAGGCCAUUUUAGGUCAGACAGAGCUUCAUUCAGUCUCCAACUCAUCACAGUGUGUUAAACAUCAGGGAGAGGUGUGUGGACAUCGGGUUUCCCUGGUGGAGCUGCCUGCCUUGUAUGGAAAACCUCAGGAGGCAGUGAUCCUGAGGGCGUCCAUGCCUUCAACAUGGUCCUACCUGUGGGUCCCCUCACUGAUGAAGACAAGAGAGAGAAACAAGGACCUCCAGGAGCUCUGUCAGAGCUGUGGAGACAGAUAUGUUGUUCUCAACAUCAAGGGCAAGCAGCAGAUCCCAGAGCUGUUGGAUGCUUUGAAACAAAUGAGAGUUGAAGGAUCCAGAUGCUUCACAAAGGACAUGUUCACCAAGGCUCAGAUGGAGAAGGUUUCAAAACUUAAAGCUGAGCUGGACGUUAAAAAGAAAAGUGAGAUGGGAAUUGAUGAAAACCAGAGCAGAGAGUGUCUCAGGAUGGUGCUGAUUGGGAAGACUGGCAGUGGGAAGAGUUCAACUGGAAACACCAUUUUGGGCAAGGAACAUUUUAAUUCCAGAGCCAGUCAGAAGUCAGUGACCAAGUUUUGCCAGAAAGCAUCAGGAGAGAUUGAUGGAUGGCCUGUCGUUGUGGUCGACACCCCUGGCUUGUUUGACACGACUCUGUCCCACGCUGACGUUGAACAGGAGCUUGUGAAAUGCAUCAGCAUGUUGUCUCCUGGACCUCAUGUGUUCUUAUUAGUGCUGCAGAUCGGCCGCUUUACACAAGAGGAAAAAGACUCAGUGGAGCUGAUCAAGAAAUAUUUUGGCAAGAAUUCACAACAUUUCAUCAUUGUUACAUUCACCAGAGGAGAUGAGCUAUACAACCAAACAUUUGAGAGUUACAUAGAAGAAGACUCUGAUGACUUUGUAAAAAAACUGAUACAUGACUGUGGAGACAGAUAUCAUGUUUUCAAUAAUAAAGAUCAGAAGAAUCGUACUCAGGUCAGCGAGCUGCUGACGAAGGUUGAGUCAAUGGUGAGGAAAAACAGCGGCAGCUGCUACACCAAUGAGAUGUUCCAGGAGGCAGAGGCCGCAAUAAAACAUGAAGUAGAGAGAAUCCUGAGGGAGAAGGAGGAAGAGAUGCAGAGACUGAAAGCAAUGAAAAGAAGAAUGGAAGAACAAACAGCAGAAAUUGAACAGGAGAGAAAACUGAGAGCUAAACAACUUACAGUAAUGGAGGAAAACAUCAACAAGGAGCGUGAAAAGAGAGAGAAAGAACAGGAAAAGAGAGAAGAGGAAGACAACAAAAAGAAAAGGCAGGAAGAACUUCAACAACAGGAGUGGGAGCAAAAACUUAAACAUCUGGAGGAAAAAAUAAAGUCAGAAUCAAAGGAAAAGGAAACCAUUGACAGAGAGUUGGAGCAGAGCAGAGAAGAGAUGAGAAAGCAACAAGAGCGCUGGGAGAAGGAAAGAAAAGACUGGUGGGAGAAACGAAAUCAAGAAAAUGAACAGAGACGACAUGAGGAGCAAACAAAACUUAAAAAGCUCCAAGACGAAUAUGAGCAGGAAAGAGAAAAUUAUGAAAAGAAAAGAAAAGAAGAAGAUCGAAACAGAAGAGAACAGGAGGAGAAGGAGCGGAAAGAGUUAGAGGAAAACUAUAAGACAAAACUGCAGGAAAUGAAGAAGAAAUAUGAAGAGGAGGCCAGAAAACAAGCCGAAGAGUUCAAUGAGUUCAGACUGAAAUACACCAAAGACUUUUCAGCGUUGGUAGAAAAACACAUGGAGGAAAUAAUGGACAUGAAGCAAAAACAUGAGAGAGAAAUGCAAGAGACAGGAGGGAGACAUGAAAAACAGUACAAUCUGUUACAAGACCUCUCAAGUCACAAAGAAAAACAUCUAAAAGGAGAAAUGGAGGACGUGAAGAAAAAGCACGAACAAGAAAUAAAUGAACUAAAACAGAAAUACAAAGACAAAUGUAUCAUCCUCUGAUCUCUCACUGACUGAUGUUUUGCUUUUUCCUUUUUUUCUGGACCACAUGAGCAUGCUCAGCAGGAACUCCUCUGACAUCUGAUGAGUCCCUGCCUCGCUAAUGACGUUUUCUCAAAACAUUCAUGGACACGAGCAAUAUCAAAAUAAUGCUAAUCAUGGACUUCAGCAGCAGAACGCUGUCGCAGCAUCUCGUUCGCUUGAAAUGAAGAGCUGCUUGGAGGAAGUUUUCCAAAAAACAACAACAAUUCUAAUAUUUUAUCCAUAUAGUUUGUGGUGUCUGAAAAGCCACAAAUCGAUGCAGAGAACCUUUUUCAGCAGCUCGUUGUUUGGACUCAAGGUUCAAGUAAAAUAACUGUUAGUUUACAGAUCAGUUUCCAGGUGUUGGUGUUAGUUUUACCUGGCAUGCGUCCAUUUAGUAGUACAUUUAGUAAGCACAUCCCGUUACUGCAAGUGUGUCCGUGUGCUUUCUGUUAAUUAAUUAAUUUCUUAUUAGAAACGGUGUCAGGUUGAAAAUCCCACAUAUUCACGAAAUGUAAGAAUUCAGUUAUUCAUUACCGACAUUACUGAACAGGAACAAAAUUCUCUUCUCUAUUCUCUGAAAGUAUUCAGAGCGCAGUCAGCCAGUUGUUAUUCCGCCACAAGAGGGCGCUCUGUCUAUAUGAGCAGGCUUGUUGCCAGGAAGUGUUGUGAUUCUGUUCACUGACAGAACUGACAUUGGUAUUAUGUUGAUCAUUGGUUCAAGAUAAAUAUAAUUUUCCUUGCAUAAUGUUCAUGUUAUUGUUAUUUUUCAUACAGUAUUGUUUAUUUACAAUGUAACUUCCACAUUUUUAUAUCUGUACACACACACACACACACACACACACUUACUGCACUGUAAAGCUUUUGUGUCGCACCUACAACCUUCCUGAAUAAACAUUUUGAAAGGAG